CCCUGAGCUGUGCGCUCCUAUAAAUCCCGCGUGGGCGCAAGAGCCAGCAGGAAUGAACAACAAAAGAGCCCUUCUGUUCCUACAAACCUUUAACAAUAGCUUUUAUAACCGAUUUAUAUUUGUCUACACUUAACAUACGGAAUUUAAGGGCUCAACAUGGCCACCUCUUUGAGCUCCAAACUGAACAAAGCUGUGAAGCAGCAGUACAUGGACCUACCUCAGGGGGAGAAGGUCCAAGCCAUGUACAUCUGGAUCGACGGGUCUGGAGAGGGUCUGCGCUGUAAAACCAAAACCCUGGACUCUGAACCCAAGACUAUAGAGGACCUGCCAGAGUGGAACUUCGACGGGUCCAGUACGUAUCAGUCCGAGGGGUCCAACAGUGACAUGUACCUCAUCCCGGCGGCCAUGUUUAGGGACCCAUUCAGGAAGGACCCCAAUAAGCUGGUGCUGUGUGAGGUGCUCAAGUACAACCGGAAACCUGCAGAAACCAACUUGAGACACAUGUGUAAAAAGAUCAUGAGCAUGGUGGACACUCAGCACCCCUGGUUUGGGAUGGAACAGGAGUAUACUCUUUUAGGUGUGGAUGGUCACCCCUUUGGCUGGCCCUCCAAUGGUUUCCCCGGCCCACAAGGUCCUUAUUACUGUGGAGUGGGAGCAGAUAAGGCGUAUGGCAGGGAUGUGGUAGAAGCGCAUUAUAGGGCCUGUCUGUACGCUGGCGUGCAGAUCUGUGGAACCAACGCAGAAGUCAUGCCCGCUCAGUGGGAGUUCCAAGUGGGUCCUUGUGAAGGCAUCAACAUGGGGGAUCACUUGUGGAUAGCCCGCUUCAUCCUGCACAGGGUUUGUGAAGACUUUGGCGUGGUGGCUUCCUUUGACCCCAAGCCCAUCACUGGAAACUGGAACGGCGCUGGCUGCCACACAAACUUCAGCACAAAGGAGAUGAGAGAAGAUGGCGGGCUCAAAGUCAUCGAGGACUCCAUUGAGCGUCUCGCCAGGAGACACAUGUACCACAUCAGAGCCUACGACCCCAAAGGAGGCCUGGACAACGCUCGCCGCCUCACCGGGCACCACGAAACAUCCAACAUCGACGAAUUCUCCGCCGGCGUCGCUAACCGGGGAGCCAGCAUACGAAUCCCGCGUUCCGUUGGCCAAGACAAGAAGGGCUACUUUGAAGACCGCCGCCCCUCCGCCAACUGCGACCCCUACAUCGUCAGCGAAGCUCUUGUACGCACGUGUUUACUUAAAGAAGAAGGGGAGGAGCCUACAGAGUACAAGUGAACAGGCUCAAAAUGCCUUCCAAAGUACUGUAUAUUAUUCGCUAUGUCUUUUUCGAGACUUUGAUUAUGACUUUCGUACUUGAUGAUUCGGCGUGUUGCGGGCCAUGUACUCUUGUAUGCAAAAAUACUUUACCUCUUCCUCAACACUGCCUUUGACACUUCACUAUUGUAGAUGUAUAGAAGGUAUUAUUGAUUGUUUUUAACGUGUACUAAUGAGCUUAACUGUAACCAAAGGAUCAUAAUGUGUCUGAAUGUUUUGGUCUUGGAUAUUGUCACUACGAAAUCAUUUACUUUUGUACUUUUUAAUGGUGCAUGUCUAUUUCCUGAGAUUUAAUGUCACCUGAAGAAAAUAGUUUAAUAAACAGUUAACAUUUUUACUACAAA